CCCUAAUUUUACGCGGGAAAACGGUCUAGCGAAAGAGGGAGAAAUGGCGACGGAGGAAGACACCGGCGGCGAAGCCUACCAAGUGGAGGAGGAAUUCAGUGUUUGGAAGAAGAACACUCCGUUCUUGUACGACCUAGUUGUUUCUCACGCCCUCGAGUGGCCAUCUCUCACCGUUCAGUGGCUUCCGUCAUCGCCGUCACUGCAUCCCGACGGUUCCUUCGCCGCUCACAAGUUGAUCCUUGGGACACACACCUCCGACGAUUGUCCUAACUUUCUUCUUGUUGCAGAAGCUCACUUGCUGGUCAACACUUCGUCACCACUUGAAACCAAUUUGGAAAUCCCCAAAAUCCCUAAGGUUGAGAUUACUCAGAAGAUACAUGUUGACGGAGAGGUCAACCGGGCACGGUGUAUGCCACAGAUUCCGUCAAUUAUUGCAGCAAAGACUAGUUCUUCUGAACUUUAUGUAUUUAACUCGACAAACCAACCUUUAGAUCAUGAAGGAGGUACUUGUGAACCUGACGUUAGAUUGAGGGGUCAUGACAAAGAAGGGUAUGGGCUGUCAUGGAGUCCUUUUAGAGAGGGGUACCUCUUGAGUGGUUCCAAUGAUUGCAAAAUUUGCUUGUGGGAUGUCUCCACAAUGCCUGACAAUAAAGUUCUUGAUGCAAAAUAUGUUUAUGAGGAUCAUGGGAGUGUGGUUGAAGAUGUAUCAUGGCAUUUGAAGAAUGAUAGUCUAUUUGGAUCUGUUGGGGAUGACUGCAAGCUAAUCAUUUGGGACCUGCGCACAAAUAAACAUGAACAAUCUGCUGUAGUUCAUGAGAAAGAGGUGAAUUACUUAUCUUUCAAUCCAUAUAAUGAGUGGGUUCUGGCUACAGCAUCUUCAGAUACCACUGUUGGUUUGUUCGACAUGCGGAAGUUGACAUCACCAUUGCAUGUUUUAAGUAGUCAUUCGGAGGAGGUAUUCCAAGUGGAGUGGGAUCCAAACCACGAAACCGUGCUUGCGUCUUCAGGUGGUGACAGAAGGUUGAUGGUUUGGGAUCUAAACAGGGUCGGAGAUGAACAACUGGAAGGAGAAGCAGAGGACGGGCCUCCAGAGCUGCUAUUCUCUCAUGGUGGUCACAAGGCCAAGAUAUCCGACUUCUCAUGGAACAAGAACGAACCCUGGCUCAUAUCUAGUGUUGCCGAGGACAAUGCUCUCCAGGUCUGGAAAAUGGCCGAAAGCAUUUAUCGCGAAGAAGAUGACGACAUUUGAAAACUCAUCUUUUUACUCUUGGUUUAUGUGUUGCUUCAAAAUCAUAGACUUCACUUCUUUUUGGUAACAUAAAUCAUCAUUGUUGUGUCAAA